GCGUGGCCAACAAAACGGCGUUUGCGAUUUCAAGUGGAUUGUUCGUCUACAAUUUCCUAGAAGCGCUCAUCUUUACGCCGUGACAUCUGAACCCUAAUAAUAAUAAAAGGGAGGAUAGGCGGGCACUUCUGCCUCGUCAUGCGAAAUACGUAACCAAGACUACACAAAACUUAUCUUGGCGCUCCAUUUUUUUUUUCUAAGACUGAAACGCUUGCAUCACAGCUAAUUUGGCGGUGCUCAUGCGUCCUUCCCUCUGUCGACUUGGUCCUGCUGUAGAGCCCUUCUCAUUGAAGGGUGUUUUCGUCAUCAAUUUGGAUCGCCGGCCCGAUCGUUUGGUGUCCAUCUCGCAGGUGUGCACACGCGCUGGCUUAGCACCGGACUUGCUAACGCGUGUUGCGGCGGUAGACGGCUCUUUGGUGGACGUGGAUGCGUGUUAUGACUGCGGCUUUGUGUCUCGUCUUGGUCUAAUGCGGCUGCGGGAACCAAAUACUCACCAUAUUUGGGGCAUGGACCUGAAUCGAGGAGCCCUCGGGUGUGCGCUAAGCCACAUCCAGUUGUGGAGCUACAUUGCGUCUCUGUCCAAAGUGGGCAAUAUCCCCGCCUCUUCCUUGCGUUGCUCGUCAUCACCAGCAUCCACCACGCCGCAGGAGGGCUAUCUGAUCCUGGAAGACGACGCAGAGCUGGUCGAAAGCGAAAACAACUCCGCCAGUUCUUUUCUGGAAGAGCUGCGGCGCCGCAUGGAACGCGUUCCUUCGAAUUGGGAGCUGGUGUACGUCGGUGGCCUCGACACGGCUGGGCAGUGCAAUUCGGCGCGUGUGGCGCAGGGCGUGGCGCACGUCCCGCAGUAUCACCGCACCACGAGUGCUUAUCUGCUUAGCCCGCAAGGCGCACGGCGUCUGCUCGCCACGUGUGUGCCCCUGACCUUUCAGCUGGACACGAUGAUGACUAUGAAGGUGGGACUGCCAGCUGGGCCCCAGUCUGCGCCAGGUGCGGUGCCGUACGUGUUGGACCCUGUGAGCUACACGCUUCAGCCACCUCUUAUGCGGCAGUCCGCGCACCUGGGAACGGACAUUCAACAAGGCGUACAGUAA